AUGUCUGGAAACACCAACACAGACAUAUUGCUUGCUGGAGCAUUUGCAGCAUUCACCGUCGACCUGCUGGUCUACCCACUCGACACCCUCAAAACCCGCUUCCAGUCCCCCGACUACGCGCGCCUCUAUCUCAAUGCCUCGAAGACGGCAAUCAACAAGCCGGCACUGUUCCGAGGCCUAUACCAAGGCGUCGGCAGUGUCAUAAUAGCCACACUACCCUCAUCAGGAGCAUUCUUCACCACCUACGAAGGCGUCAAAGCAAUCCUCUCCUCGCACAACCCCACCCUCUCCUCAACCUCCCACCCGCUCCUCCCCCAACCCGUGAUCCACUCCCUGGCCUCCUCAAUCGGCGAGCUCGUCUCCUGCGCCAUCCUCACCCCGGCCGAAGUCAUAAAGCAGAACGCGCAAAUGGUCGACGCGAGCAAGAAAGGCGGGCCGAACGCCACGAUCCAGACGCUGCGCCGCUUCCGCUCGAAUCCGCUCGCGCUAUGGCGAGGCUAUACCGCGCUUGCGGGAAGGAAUCUGCCGUUCACGGCGCUGCAGUUCCCGAUGUUCGAGAGGCUCAAAGAAGGCAUCAAGAACCAUCGCGUUAGGAAGGGCACACGCACCGGUACGCUGGCGGAAAGUGGCCUCAUCACUGCCAUCAGCGCCGGCACGGCGGGGAGCAUAGCAGCCGUUGUGACGACGCCAAUCGAUGUUGUCAAGACGCGCAUCAUGCUUGCCGCCGGAGACGGCGAGCCAGAGAAGCAGGGGAAGGGCCAGAAAGGCGGUGCGCAGCCCCUGAAGGCUGCUGGUAACGGCCUGGUGGACGCGAUGGGCAAAGCUACACAGUCUGGGAAAGACAGCCUGGCCGACGCGAUAAAGCACCCUGUGCGGACCAUGACGAAGAAGAAGGAUCCGAGGAAGAGCGGCAUCACUAUCGGCAGGGAGAUUCUGAGGAAGGAGGGCGUGAAGGGGCUGUGGAGGGGUGGCGCGCUGAGAGCUGUGUGGACGAUGAUAGGUAGUGGGUUGUAUUUGGGGGUGUAUGAGAGUGGGCGGAUAUACCUGGCUAAGAGAAGGGGCGAGGACGUCAAAGAGGAGGACCUUUUCUGA